AUGGCGACAUCUUUCGUUUCUUCUGCCUUGCGCCCAUCGAUAUUCUCAUCCGAUGCGGCGUCUUUCGUUUGUCGCACUUGCCGCCGUAAUGCUGCUACAUACAGACGGACGAGAAAAUUACUUCGCGUGAAGGCGGAUUCCUCAUUUGCACCAUCCAAAACGGAAACACAAGAUCACAUCAUUUUCAACCCACCAUCGAGCGYACCUAAUGUCUACCACACCCCGGCCAAGUUUCUUCCUCCAUCAGAUCCGCGGAGGGCGAUAUUACAACAGCGCGAAACACCGAAAGCUACGCCCAAGGAAGAGCCGACUACUCCCAAAGCACCGCCAUCAAUACUAGCCUCAUUGGCCGCGCGAAAGCUGGGAUAUGCAACUCCGCCUGCAGAGUCUUUACCUGCUGUCCGACCACAGUACGAAAAGAAGUACCACCUUACGCAGGAGCAGAUUGAGGAAAUUCGGAGGUUAAGAGCAGAAGAUCCAAGAAAAUGGACGCGGAUGAGAUUGGCGGAGAAAUUUGAGURCUCUCAGUUCUUCGUUAGCUUGUGUUGUUCCGCACCGGAGAUCAAGAAGGAGCAGGACAUUGAGUUGGAGCAGGUGAAAUCCAAGUGGGGACGUAGAAAGACAGAGGCAAGACAAGCGAGGCAAGAGCGGAAGAAGCUAUGGGGACAGGAUAAUUGA